AUGUCCUCAGAAAUUGUGAAGAAGAGAGGCAGACCCAAGAAGGUCGUCUCUGACCCGGUUGAGUCCGAAUUGGCAGAACCAACUAAGAAAUCAACAUCUACCCGGACAAAGUCCACAAAGACAACUACCACAAAGCCAACGACGGCAAAGAGUACUGCGUCUGCGAAACCCUCUACGGCUGCGACGCCUACACCAAAACCCAAUGCUGAUGUGACGGCACCUCCAUCUCCGAAGGCCGGCUUGAGGGCAGCAACUCCAGCCGUAAAGAAAGCAGAAUCCAAAGCACCUCCCCCUCCAGCGGCAAAGAAAUUAAAACCACAAGCUCCUUCGCCAGCUCCAGCGGCAGUCAAGGCCCAAUCUCAAGCGCCUUCACCGGCUCUUGUAAAUGCUGCAGGCAAGAAGUUGCCCAUAACACCGGCGACAUCCAAAAUCCUAAGCAAAGUCCGAGAACUCUCUCAACAACAGAAUACCCCAUCCACACAAGAGCCUACGCCAUCUUUCAAACCACCAGCAACAGCUACCUCGGCCAAAAUCCCGCCAACAAAGCCUAUAUCAUCCCCUAAAUCCCCGCCAGCACCGAAGCCCAUUGCAUCAACACCACCCCCUCCUUCAAAUCCAAAACCUCCCAUCGCUGCGCUCAAUUCCGCAAUCGUGUCUAAUAUAACGACGCGCGCAGGCGCAAGACCAAGUUCAAGCGGGAAUAGGCCGUUGCCACCAAAUUAUAAACCGGUGGCUAGGAAAAUUACAAUGGCGAUUGUGGCGAUGCCGAUUGUGAUUGUCACGAGUUGGGUGUUAUAUGAGAGGUUGGUGUUGGGACACGAUCGAAAACUUCUUGUGAUGCCUGGAUUACCAGAAGCUGAUGUGGGGAAAGAGGAAAAGGUUGUGGUAUCAUCGACCUCAACCCCCGAAUAG